AGCCCGGAGGGGCCCCAGCUUUUCCACCGCUUCUUUCUUGUCCUUUAAAUCCUAGAGGCAAACUUUUGGGGGCUAGGAAAGGCUGGGAGGGGCCUGAACUUAACCCUCUCUGCUCCGGAAGGACUGGGCUGGACUGGGCGGCGGCUCCGCGUCUGUUUGGGCUUCUACCAUGGACCCCGAGAGAGGGGCUGAUACUUAAGUUCCUGGUUCAGGUUCCCAGGACACUUCCUUUGCCAGGUGAGGCCUGGAGGAAGAGGACAGAAGUUGCAGGCCUGGGACUAGGAGGCGGAGGCGGGCUCCCAACCCAGGAGGGGGUCCCAGUUGAGCCCAGCCAGAGAGCGCGCCUGCCCCACUCAGCUAGGACCUUGAGGAGCCUUGGUGUGACGGCCUUUUUCCUGGCAUGACCUCAUUGCACCAAGCACACGACCCAGCCAGAGGGAGGUUAGGGCCUUCUAUUUACGAAGACACCCAGGCUCUGGAAAGUGGAGUGGCUUGCCCCACGGUCUCAGAGAUGCCGGUGCUGAAGCAGCCGGGACCCGCGCAGCCCAAGAAGCGCCCCGAGCGCGGCGCCCUGUCCAUCUCGGCGCCGCUCGGCGACUUCCGGCACACUCUGCACGUGGGGCGCGGCGGCGACGCCUUCGGGGACACGUCGUUCCUGAGCCGCCACGGCGGCGGGCCGCCGCCUGAGCCCCGCUCUCCCCCCGCUGGGACCCCGCGCUCCGUGCCGCCCUCCGCCGUGCCGCAGCCCCCGCCGCCCGCACUCCGCGCGCCCGCUGACCCGCUGCUGUCCUUCCACCUGGAUUUGGGCCCCUCCAUGCUGGAUGCAGUGCUGGGCGUCAUGGACGCGGAGCGCCCGGGGGCCGCCGCCGCCGCCAAGUCCGACUUGGACCUUGGCUCCAGGGCGCAGCACCCCAGGGCCUGCUGUCGCCCCAACGCGGACGUCGAGCUGGAUGACGUCAUCGGCCUGUAGGCACCAGGUUCCCCGCUCCUCUACCCGCAGUUCUUUACACAUAAACGGCCAAGGUCUGC